UUGUUCUAGACGGUUGAAUUCGUCCCUCUCUCCUCUGUUUCUCCGUCUAUUCCUUUGAUGCUUUCCACACUAUUUUCUCAUGACUCUCUCAGCAAUAGAUGCCCCAAAUGCCACGGGAAUCGGGAUUCCUCCUCUUAAUUGCUUUCUUCGUUUUGAAUACUUUCUUCAUAUGCAUCGAAAACUCACAGCAAGUUCAUAGAUGGUUCUCACCUUCUGAGCCACGCAGCCUCAAAGGGUAUAUAAGCAUGGCUACAACAAUGUUCUGCAGCAACCCAAUAGACCAAAUUGAAUAAUUGAUCCGUCUUGCAAAACAAGCAAUCACCCAACUCAUUUUCAACAGUUUAAUGAGGAAAGGCGAAGACUUUGAGCGUGUUUUCCAAUGCUUCGACAAAGAUGGUGACGGGAAAAUAUCAGCUUCAGACUUGGGGCAUAGGCUGGGUCUCAUGGGCGGUGGAGAUCUGUUCUUGCAGGAGGCCGAGGCUGCAGUUGAGGCAUUGGAUUCCGACGGAGAUGGUUUCUUGGGUUUGGAGGAUUUUGUUGGGUUGAUGGAAGUUGGGGGAGAGGAAGAGAAGAUGAAGGAUUUGAGAGAGGCUUUCUCUAUGUAUGAUAUGGAAGGGUGUGGGUUUAUCACACCCAAUAGUUUGAAAAGGAUGCUCAGCAGAUUGGGGGAGUCAAAAUCCAUUGAUGAGUGCAGGGUGAUGAUCAAUCAGUUUGAUUUGAAUGGGGAUGGUGCUCUUAGUUUUGAAGAAUUCAGAGUUAUGAUGCAGUAAUGUUUUUAGGUCUUCCAUGUUAUGAGUGUUUAUGAUCCUUUAACUUCACAAGUUUGUAAAUUAUUUUGUUUAA